GUCCGUCACGGCAGGAUCACAUGACCUCAGUUGACGAAAAUGAAAGCUGGGAGCCGCCAGCUGAAACCUGUGGUGCUUGUUUUGGUUUUUAAUAUAUGUUUUUACGCGAUUUGCCAAACGGCCGAACUGCAGUUAUGUAAGAUGUGCACAGGGACAGUCCUAAAUGGUACGGCAGUGGCCCAGUUCUGCUCCUCGUCCGCUGGUCGGAUUGACGGACGCUGCUGCCUAAAAAAUGGCACCACAGACGACCAUGAACGCAUCAUUGGGUUGGAUUUGUCCAAUUGUUCACUGACUCGGGUGGAUUAUCUUCAGGGAGCAUCGACAUCAUCAAUUAUAGACCUUUCACUUAAUCCAAUUGCCAACAUCAGUGACUCAGCAUUUCAAGGAUUUAUUGACUUAAAUUAUCUAAUUUUGCCAGCAGGCUUAGUUUGUCCAGGAGGCAACACGUCUUGGCAGAAAGUUGAGGUCAAAAAGGAGAAUCGUCUUUGUGAAGGCCAGAACAAUAUGUGCAACCAGACUGGACACAUGUCCAUGGACUGUCCUGAGAACUCCAUCUGCGCCCCCUAUGGUCCAGGCUUCUUUGAGUGCAGCUGUGCAGACAACUACCAUGGUUACAAAUGUCUGCGACAGGGGGAGUUCCCAGCUCUUCAAGUGUUUGGGCCUCUCGGAGCAUCCACGAUUGUAAUCUCUUUCCUGCUGUGGGUCACCCAGAGACGCAAGGCCAAAUCACUGUGAGGCUGAAUGGAUGUUGAUUGUUUUUAUUUUAAUGUGCAAUUAUCUACUGACAUGAAACUGUCAUUUUAAGGGAAAAUUCUGAUGUAAAAUCUGAGGUUAUACCCAGCUUCUUUUAAAUCUAUUACCCCUUUAUGCGGCAGCUACGAUGAAUUUAGGCUCAAUUUUAAAACUGACUUACUAUUAUUUUAACUACAUGGCUUGUGCAAUUUAAAAGUGUAUAAUUUGAAAACAUACAGUGUAGAUCUGUUACAAAUAACCUCCAUUUUUAUAUGCUGACAAAGUAAAUCAGCUUGUGUUUCUCUAAAUUAUCUGCUCUCUGUCAUGCCAGACACAUCCUGACAGAAUUUCAGUUUACACAAACACAAGGACAUCCUGCACUGACAUACGUAUGUUCAAGAAAAUGUAAAUCUGGCAUUUUACACUUUGGUUAUGAUGUUUCUUGCAUGUUAAACAUAAACCAUAACAGAAAAUGUCAUUUUACUUAUCAAGAUUACUGGUCACCUGUUUGUUUUUUGGUUGGUUUGUUUAUGAACUGGGACAUUUAGUAUCAUCACUGCAACACAAUGUUUAUCAGUUUUCACCAUCACAGUGUGAUUACGUUCAAGGCACAUGAAAUAAAAUCUUCACUUCAACAUUGUGACUGUCUCAUAAUUAAGAUUGUUUCAUGCUGGUAACAGAUGUAGCAGCUGUAAAACCCAAACCGGCUCUUUGCAAAUAAGCAAUGUUGAAUUAUGUUCAGAGUUUUAAUGACUACAGAACAGAUUGAACUACCACAGAAACUAAUGUACAUCCAUAAGGUUGGUCUACAUUUGAACAGGUUUUAUAAAGCUGUCACCUAAAUGUCAAACAUUUAAUAUUAAUGGGUCAAUUCAACGCUAAGGCAGUGAAGGUGUCAAAUGCUGCAUUACAUGACUGCCAGAGAAAAACAAAUGACAAACCACUGCGGGAAGAUGUCCCAAUAUGAAACUUGUACCCUAGAGUCAUGUGGUCAUUUUAUGGAAACUGCUUCUUCCUUUUAUUGUCUCCUGUUUUGAUCAGAUCAUCA